AGUGUGCAAUUGUGGGCGGGUGCCCACGUUAGUUAAAUUUGAGGCUUCGCCAUUUACGCAAGAGGUUAUCCUUUCUCUGUUCCGGCUAACGAGCUGCUCUUCCUCCACAAACCCUGCCUGCAAUUUAAGGUCUCAUUCCUUCUGCAACUACUACCGACAGAGAAAGAGAGAUUCUGUUGGCCAUGAAACUUCUGCUUCACUUUCUGGUGAUUCUGUCCCUUGCUGUCCAUGCAGUUUCAACGACGGGCGGUUUCAUCUUCAAUAAUGGCUUCCAAGGGGCAAACCUGACCUUGGAUGGGGCUGCAGAUGUUUCCUCCAAUGGCCUGCUGCGCCUAAGCGUCGAUCCCAGCAACCCCACAUUCGGUCACGCCUUCUACCGUUUCCCUCUUCAACUGAAAUUAAACCAGUCGUCUCCUCCUAUUCCAUCAUCUUCCUCUCCUAUUUCUGGUGCUGCUGGUGCUGACGACACCAAUGGCACGGUUCUUUCAUUCAGCACCCACUUCGCUUUCACCAUGAGGACAGCGGACCCCAGCAUGGGCAACCACGCCUUCAGCUUUGCUGCAGUUCCUUCUCCGGCCACCGUCGACGCGCAGAGCGGCGCCAACUAUCUUGGUCUCUUCAACAUCUCCAACAUAGGCAACUCCUCCAACCACAUCUUCGCCGUCGAGUUUGAUAGCGCACGAGAUGCGGGUGCAACCUCGAACAACGCCAGUGGCAACCAUGUUCGCAUCAUCGGCAUAAACAGUCCGAUCUCCAACCUCUCUGCUCCGGCUUCCUACUUCCUAUCAGAUUCAACCCCUGAGCUGCCAAUCAAUCUACUCAGUGGGUCGCCGAUUCUCGCGUGGAUAGACUACCAAAGUCAUUGGCAGCAGCUCAAUGUGAGUAUGGCCCCCAUCACGAAUCCUAUCAAGCCCAAGAAGCCCCUUCUCUCGACCAAGUUAGAUCUCUCCUCUGUACUAAAACAUUUCAUGUACGUUGGCUUCUCUUCUGGAGUCGGCAAGGUUGCUAGCGACCAUUAUAUCCUUGGCUGGAGCUUUAGCAUCAACGGAGAAGCCCAAACCCUUAACAUUUCACAGUUGCCUUCCCUUGAUCUUUCUCAGCCGGCUUCCCUUUCAACCCCCAAGUAUCAAACCAAUCUGUUUGUAAUCUUGGUCUGUUCCCUUGGGGCUGCAGCGAUCGUGCUGCUAUCUGUUCUAGCCUCUACGUAUUACAUCAUUUGCAGGAGGAGGAAGAAAAAUGAUUCGGAUCAAAUGGAAGGUUUGGAAUUGGAGCAACCACGGAAAUUCCCUUACAAGGACCUCUCGCAAGCCACCCAUGGAUUCAGCAAGGUGGAGCUGUUGGGCGCCGGUGGUUUCGGCAAGGUGUACAAAGGUGUCCUUCCAGGAACCUCCACUGAGGUUGCAGUGAAGAGAUUCUCGCACAAUGGCGAUCAGGGGAUGAGGGAGUUCAUGGCAGAGGUCUCGAGCUUGGGGAGGUUGAGACACAGGAACCUUGUCCAGUUGCAAGGUUGGUGCAGGAGAAAAGGUGAGCUCCUGCUCGUGUACGAUUUCAUGCCAAACAGGAGCCUGGAUAGUUUCCUUUACAACGACCGCAAGGCCAGGGGCUUGGGUUGGGAAGAGAGGUUCAAGAUCCUCAAGGGGAUUGCCAAUGGGCUGCUGUAUCUUCACGAAGGGUGGGAGCAGGUGGUGGUGCACAGGGACGUCAAGGCCAGCAACGUCCUCCUGGAUGCCGAAAUGAACGGCAGGUUGGGCGAUUUUGGGCUUGCUAGGUUCUACAGCCGUGGUGAGAAUCCGCAGACGACGGCCGUAGUCGGGACGCUAGGCUACAUCGCUCCGGAGAUGUCCCGGACGGGAAAGGCCACGGCGAGCGCCGACGUGUACUCUUAUGGCGCCCUGCUUCUAGAGGUGACCACGGGGAAGAGGCCCUGCGACUUGCUGGCUUCAGAGCAAGGAGAGAUGGUGAUGGUCGAGUGGGUGCUGAGACAUUGGCAAAGUGGGGAUAUCUUAAGGGCUGUGGACUCGAGGCUGGAGGGCCAUUUUGUGAGGGAAGAGGCAGAGGUGGUGCUCAAGGUCGGCGUUCUGUGUUCUCAGGCUGUUGCAGAAAGGAGACCCACCAUGCGUCAGGUGGUUCAGUACCUUCAUGGGGAUGCGUCCAUUCCCAAGGAGUUGAGCCUAAGCAUCAUGGCAUUGCAUGAUGAUCUUGGACUUGACCAGCUUGUGCUGCCGUAUCCUGAUUCGGGAGCACCAUCCUGUGAUUCUACUGAUUUUCAGGAUUGGGCUCCAUUAUACGAGAUUUGAUAGCGACCAUUGUCUUCGGAUCGACAUUCACAAAGAAAUUCCAUGGAGAAAGACACGCUGCUAUUACAAGCAGCAGCUGGUUGACAGAAGACAUAAAAAGAUGGCCUCGUCGUCUGAAACUGGGAUAUGUAGAUUUGGUCUGUACAAUUUUAACGUCUAGUUAAAAUUAGUCUUAUUGACUACGGACGCGCGCGAUUGUGCAGUAUUAAUAUAGUAUUGCAAUGUUGCUGGUCGAUCACAUCCAUAGGUUGUGAUGAACUUAUCGAAGGACAUCAUGAGAUGAACUGGUUUGCGAUAUUGUAGUGUAACCACUGUGCAGGUCUGCCUAACCCCCUACUUGAUGAUGGAGAAACGGAAUAAAAAAUCGAUUGUU